AUGACGUCUAUACAGCGUGUCGUAAGCCUGCACGAGGUGGAGGAAGCGUGCACUUUAGAUAACGUCCAGGGAACGAAUGACCCACCUCCAAGUAUCUGCAAAAUUUCAACAUUUAUAUUUUUUACUAUCAUGCCCAAAAGCAAGUUUGAGAAUAAACAAAGAGGGAAAAAAAAGGAAAUGGAUAAUAACGCAGACAAUGAUCGAAAUGAAAAGGUCCCGACAAAACUAGAUUCGCUCGAUGACGAAGAUCAGGGAUUUGGAGGAUGGCUUAGGUCCGCAGACGGUCAAGAGAAUAUGAAACUUUUUGUUAUCGCUAACAGUGUAGUUUUACUUACAACACUUAUGUUUCCUUAUAUACAACUUGUUGUCGACUUCAUUUAUGAUAGUAUAUACGGGCCAGACAGUGAGAUAGGACCUGAUAUGGUG